ACCUUUAUUUUUCCUCACGGGUUUCAUUUCACCCAUUUCAUCUGAUAAAAACGAUUCUCUUUCAUUUCUUCACAUUCAUUCACUCUCCCCAUUCAAAACAUGACUAAACGCAGCGUUUCAAUGAGGCUAGUUACUUGCUUAGCCUCCCCUAAGUUCUCCUUGAACGUCUUGUGUCUUGUCGUCACAGUUUUUGUUCUUCUUCAAAUCUGGUCAUUUCACAUUACCCAACAGCCCAUUUUACUUCCUCCUUCACUAUUCACAUAUCUGAAAGAACAACAACAAGAACCUGAACAAAUAAUAUCUGAGAACGAGACGGCUUACUUGGUGGAGAAACUACGUGAGUCGGUAACAUUCCUUCCUCUGAAAGACCUUCGUUUUUCAAACAAACCACUCGAAGGUCAUACUUGGUUUAUGAGCUCUCUCUACGAUAACCAAACAAAAGGUGAAGUUCAAUAUCAAGAAUUUCCUUCAGAAUCUUCAAAAGGAAGGCUUUUGUGUUUGAAAGGGGUUGAUGAGCAUGAUGGGUCAUGGAACUACUAUGCACUGGCUUGGCCUCAAGCUCUUCCGGUCAAUGCCAGUCUCCAGGAGGGAUUGACAUUUGUUUCCUAUAAUCAUUACAGUUACGGUAACAUGUGGCAUGGACUAUCCGCCAUGGUCCCGUUUGUUGCUUGGAGCUUAAGAAACCAAUGCGAAAGUCCUCAAAGGUGGGUUUUAUACCAUUGGGGAGAACUCAGGUUCAAGAUGGGGAACUGGUUGAGUGAGAUAAUAACAGCUACUUACGGUCAGAACACCAAAUUUUUACGGUUUGUUGAUGAGAACAAGCCCGUGUGCUUCCACAAGGCAGUCGUUAUGAGACACAAUGAAGGUGGUAUGUCAAGGGAGAGAAGAAUGGAAGCCUUUGAUCUCAUUAGAUGCAAAGCGAGAAAAUACUGUAACAUAAGCUUGUCCCAGACAUCAGAAUCGCGAAUAGGUAUGACAUUGCUAAUGAGAACCGGACCAAGAUCGUUCAAGAAUGAGUCAGCCGUGAUUGAUGUCUUUAAGAGGGAGUGUAAAAGAGUUGAAGGGUGUGAAUUGAAGGUUUCUUAUUCAAAUAAUCUAACAUUUUGUGAGCAAGUGGAGCUGAUGAAAAUGACUGAUGUUUUAGUAUCACCACAUGGUGCACAGCUUACUAACUUGGUUCUAAUGGAUAGAAAUAGUAGCGUGAUGGAAUUUCUCCCUAAAGGAUGGCGUAAGCUUGCAGGAGUUGGUCAGCUUGUGUACCAAUGGGGAGCUAGUUGGUCAGGAAUGCGACACGAAGGCUCGUGGCAUGAUCCAGAUGGGGAAAUAUGUCAGUUUCCCGAUACUGAUAGGCGAUGUAUGUCGGUCUAUAAGAACGGUAGGAUCGGAUACAAUGAGACUUAUUUUGGCGAGUGGGCGAAAAGUGUUUUGGGUAAGUUAAGAGAAAAAAAGAUGGAAAAUGUUCUAGGACGCAACCACAGUUAUGGUUCGCUAGAUGGAUGUUGGUGUUGAUGGAAGUGUAGGCAACCAAAAUAGCCAAAUAAUACUCUGUACUUUUUAAUAUAACGAAAUAACAGAGUUUAUAGCCAA